AUGUCAAAUAACUUAUGUGUGUUUCACUUAAUAAUGUUUGACAAUUUUUUAAAGAGUUUAAAACAUUUAUGGAUACUCUGGUUGUUACUCCUGCUAAGUGGGUUAAAUUGGGAGAUAGAAGCCCAAACUAGUCAGAAUAUUAAUGUGUUUUUUAUCAAUGAGGUGGAUAAUGAACCGGCUGCCAAAGCUGUGGAAGUGGUUUUAACCUAUUUAAAAAAGAAUCCAAGCUAUGGACUUUCCGUUCAAGUCGAAUCGAUCGAAGCGAAUAAAACCGAUGCAAAAAUUCUAUUAGAAGCAAUCUGUAAUAAAUAUUCGGCUAGCAUUGAGAAGAAACAAACACCUCAUCUUAUAUUUGAUACCACCAAAUCGGGUGUAUCUUCGGAAACGGUGAAAAGUUUCACCCAAGCCUUGGGUUUGCCCACCAUAAGUGCCUCCUAUGGUCAGGAUGGUGACCUGAGGCAAUGGCGUGAUUUGGAUGAGGCCAAACAGAAGUAUUUGCUCCAAGUAAUGCCCCCAGCUGACAUCAUACCCGAAGUCAUUCGCAGUAUAGUGAAACGAUUGAAUAUAACCAAUGCUGCCAUACUCUACGAUGAGACAUUUGUUAUGGAUCACAAGUAUAAAUCGCUUUUACAGAAUAUACAAACUCGUCAUGUCAUCACGGCCAUAGCCAAGGAUGGCAAACGGGAGAGGGAGGAGCAAAUUGAGAAAUUGCGCAAUUUGGAUAUUAAUAAUUUCUUUAUAUUGGGCAAUUUGCUGUCGAUACGUUUAGUUUUGGAAUCUGUUAAACCGGCCUAUUUCGAGCGAAACUUUGCCUGGCAUGCUAUAACCCAAAGUGAGGGUGAGAUCAGCAGUCAGCGAGAUAAUGCCACUAUAAUGUACUUGAAGCCGGUGGCGUAUACGCAAUAUCGUGAUCGUUUGGGUCUUCUACGUACAACAUUUAAUUUGAAUGAAGAACCACAAUUGGCAUCGGCGUUCUAUUUCGAUUUGGCUUUACGCAGUUUCUUAGCCAUUAGAGAAAUGCUUCAAUCGGGGGCCUGGCCAAAGGAUAUGGAAUAUCUGAACUGUGACGACUUUCAAGGUGGCAAUACCCCGGAACGAACUCUUGAUCUCAGGCAGUAUUUUACUCAGGUUAGCGAACCCACUUCCUAUGGCACUUUUGAAUUGGUCACGCAACCGAGGCAAACCUUCAAUGGUUUCAGUUACAUGAAAUUUGAAAUGGACAUUAAUGUCUUACAAAUUCGUGGUGGUAGCUCAGUAAAUAGUAAAUCAAUUGGCACCUGGACAGCUGGCCUGGAUUCCCCGCUAAUUGUCAAGGAUGAAGACCAGAUGAAAAGUCUAACCGCCGAUACGGUCUAUCGCAUCUAUACCGUAGUGCAAGCUCCUUUCAUUAUGCGGGACGAGACAGCUCCCAAGGGUUACAAGGGCUAUUGCAUUGAUUUGAUCGAUGAAAUUGCCAAUAUUGUGCACUUUGAUUAUACCAUACAAGAGGUCGAAGAUGGUAAAUUUGGUAAUAUGGACGAGAAGGGCGAAUGGAAUGGCAUUGUGAAGAAACUGAUUGACAAGCAAGCUGACAUUGGCCUGGGCAGUAUGUCUGUGAUGGCCGAGCGUGAGAUUGUCAUCGACUUCACCGUUCCCUACUACGAUCUUGUCGGUAUAACCAUAAUGAUGCUACGUCCAAGUUCACCAAGUUCGUUGUUUAAAUUCCUUACGGUGCUGGAGACAAAUGUCUGGCUUUGUAUUUUGGCUGCAUAUUUCUUUACGAGUUUUCUGAUGUGGGUCUUUGACCGUUGGAGUCCGUACAGCUAUCAAAAUAAUCGGGAAAAGUACAAGGAUGAUGAGGAGAAGAGGGAAUUCAAUUUAAAGGAAUGUUUAUGGUUUUGUAUGACGUCGUUGACUCCUCAGGGUGGUGGAGAAGCGCCCAAGAAUCUCUCUGGACGUUUGGUGGCGGCCACCUGGUGGUUGUUUGGUUUCAUUAUAAUCGCCUCGUAUACUGCCAAUUUGGCUGCCUUCUUAACUGUUUCCCGUUUGGAUACGCCAGUCGAGAGUUUGGAUGAUCUUGCCAAGCAAUAUAAAAUCCUUUAUGCCCCUCUUAAUGGCUCCUCGGCCAUGACAUACUUUGAAAGAAUGGCAAAUAUAGAGCAAAUGUUCUAUGAAAUUUGGAAGGAUUUAUCCCUUAAUGAUUCCCUAACCCCAUUGGAGCGCUCCAAGUUGGCUGUCUGGGAUUAUCCUGUGAGUGAUAAAUACACCAAAAUGUGGCAAGCCAUGCAGGAGGCCAAACUGCCGGCCAAUUUGGAUGAGGCAGUGGAGAGAGUUCGAAAUUCGACCACGGCCACAGGAUUUGCCUUUUUGGGUGAUGCCACCGAUAUACGAUAUUUGCAGUUGACCAAUUGCGAUCUUCAGGUGGUGGGAGAGGAAUUCUCGAGAAAACCAUAUGCCAUAGCGGUGCAACAAGGUUCACAUCUCAAGGAUCAGUUCAACAAUGCCAUUCUCACUCUGCUCAAUAAGCGACAACUGGAGAAGCUCAAGGAGAAAUGGUGGAAAAAUGAUGAGGCCCAGGCUCAAUGCGAUAAGCCCGAGGACCAAUCUGAUGGCAUCUCAAUACAAAAUAUUGGCGGUGUCUUUAUUGUCAUUUUUGUUGGCAUUGGCAUGGCCUGCGUUACUUUGGUGUUCGAGUAUUGGUGGUAUCGCUACCGCAAGAAUCCACGUAUAAUCGACGUGACCGAAGCCCAAGCGGCGGAUCGCCUAAAGGACGGCAAAUUACCACAAGACGGUGUCAUCUUGGGGCACUCUGGUGAAAAAUUUGAGAAGUCUAACGCAGCUUUGCGUCCACGUUUCAAUCAAUAUCCGGCUACAUUCAAGCCACGUUUCUAAAAAGAGAGAGAGAGGACCUACAAAGGAGAAAAUACACAAAAUUUCAAAAUGAAUUUUUAGCAAAAACGCACAAACGGUGAAAUGUCUACGUCUAGAGAAUUAAGCUAAUUAAAUCACAUUUCAAGCACAUUUAAUUAAAUUUAUAAACAUA